AUGGCAAACAACAACACGCACGAAACCGGUGCACCCCCGUUGGAGGUGGCCGUUGUGGGCGGAGGCAUCAUUGGCGUCAUUACAGCCAUUGGUCUUCUUCGCCGCGGCAUCAACGCCGUCAUCUACGAACGGGCCUCUACCUGGCACGAAGUCAGCGCCGGAUUUGCCUUUACCGGUGCAGCACGCGUCUGGAUGAAGCAGCUAGACCCUGCGCUAGUUGAGCUUCUCAGCAACAUCAGCCAGAAAACGGAUGCUGAUACGAGCAACGCCUACUGGAACGGCUACCACCCACGCACGCGGGAGGAUGCCGAGGACGAGUCCAAGUCCUUGCUCUUCCGGACGCCUGCCAACAACCUCAGUUUCUGGGGCUGUGUUCGCUCGCACUUUCUCCUCGGCAUGGCUGCUCUGCUGCCCGAGGGAACUGUCAAGUUUAGGAAGCAGCUGGCGACCUAUGACGAAAACCCCAAUGGAAAGGUCACUCUCCACUUUGACGACGGCACCACUGCCGAGGCGGACAUCUUGCUUGGUUGCGACGGCAUCCAUUCGUCCACCCGGAAAGUCCUCUUGGGCGCAGACCAUCCGGCCAGCAAGCCGGGCUUCAGCCACACGGUUGUCUACGAACCAUGGUUCCCAUCGACGUGGGCAUUGCCGCUCUCGGAAACAAGGUUGCCAAGUGUGCCUGCAACCAUCUGGGUCAUGUCGGGCACGCUGCUGAACAUUGCCGUUUUCGCUUACGACGAACCGGAGUUUCCUUGCCCGGACAAGAUGACAGUCACGGUGGAUCGGUCCGAGAUUGAGAAACUGCUCAAGGGCUGGAGUCCCCAGAUCGCGGACAUUUGGAAACUGUACCCGGAAAAAGUGGUCAAGUGGGGAAUCUUUGAUCUGGAGGACAACCCGCCACCCACAUAUGCCCGUGGCCAUGUUUGUCUAGUCGGAGACGCGGCGCACGCCAGCACCCCGUACAUGGGAGUUGGCGCCUGCACUGGUGUCGAGGAUGCCCUUGUGAUCUGCACUCUCCUCGAGUCUGUGCAGAAAAAGGCACUAGCAGGACCGGCCUUGGAAGAGGCCCUGACAGCGGCCCUGCAGACUUACACAAAUGCGAGGCUGGAGCGAGGCAAGUGGGUCCACCACCAGUCCCGCCAGAUGGGACAGAUGUACCAUUGGCGCUAUGGCCCUAUGGGACGCGACCCGCAGCGCAUGAAGCAGCAGCUCGAGGAGAACUGGGGCAAAGUGGUGACCUUUGACGUUUUGGCACCACUGGACCCCGAGCUGCGUGAAUUGGCCAUGCGUCCGUCGGUGACUGCAGCAGUUUGA